AUGCCUUCUUCUUAUAGUCUUAACCUACCACCGCUUUCAAGAUAUGCCUCUACUGGAAAAGCGCAAUACGUGAUUGGUGUAUGUGCUAUGGACAAGAAAGCCAGGUCAAAACCUAUGCGAUAUAUUCUCGACCGUAUGUUAGCAUACGGAGAUUUUGAAGUCGUGAUUUUUGGCGACAAGACAAUCAUUGAUGAAGAGGUCGAGAAUUGGCCUGGAUGUGAUUUCUUGUUAUGUUUCUUUUCAGCAGGAUUUCCUCUAGAUAAGGCCAUUGAAUAUGUCAAAUUAAGAAAACCCUUUGUUGUCAAUGAUGUGUGCAUGCAGUCAUUGUUAUGGGAUAGGCGUAUUGUAUUGGCUAUUUUGGAUGCCGUCGGCGUACCAACACCUCAACGUCUUGUGAUUUCUCGUGAUGGAGGUGCAAAAGUAGACGCUGAUGCUGCCCAAGCGUUUCAUGAAAUGAAUGGUAUGGAUAUUCGUCUUAUUUUAGAUAAAUACGCUCGAAAUACAAACGAUGUACAUAUCUCAGAAGAUGGUGUACGAGUCGAUGGUUCGUUUUUGCCCAAGACUUUUCUGGAGAAGCCAGUGGAUAGCGAAAAUCAUAAUAUCAAUAUAUAUUAUAGUAAGGAGCGUGGAGGAGGAGGUAGACGGCUAUUUAGAAAAGUGGGUAAUAAAUCCAGUGAGUUUGAUCCAAACCUGGAUAUGCCUGCUUCUGAAGGUUCAUGGAUAUAUGAGUCUAUGAUGAUGACAGAAAACAGUGAAGAUGUCAAGGUAUAUACAGUUGGACCUACUUAUGUUCAUGCAGAGACGAGAAAAUCCCCUACUGUUGAUGGUCUAGUCAAACGCAAUACCGAAGGAAAAGAAAUUCGCUAUGUGACUGAACUUACGGAUGAAGAGAAAUCCAUUGCUGCCAAAGUGUCAAAGGCGUUUGGUCAAAUGAUCUGUGGUCUUGAUCUGUUACGUGUCAAGGGAAAAUCCUAUGUGAUUGAUGUAAACGGCUGGAGUUUUGUGAAGGGAAACGAUCAUUAUUAUGAUCAGUGUGCAUGUCUUUUAAGCGAAUCCUUUCUUCGAUCUGUUCAGCGCCGUCCUUCGACUACGAUUCAUGAUAUUCCUCGAGAAAUUCUGCCCCAGAAUUCAUGGCGACUGAAAGGAUUUGCAGCCGUUUUCCGCCAUGGUGAUCGAACACCUAAAAACAAACACAAGAUAUCAUUAGUAGCACAACCUUUUAUUGACUUGUUGGAAGGGAGCACGCAGGAAGUUGUGUUUCGACAAAAGCAUCAAUUGCAACUCGUUAUUAAUGCAAUCGAUAAAUGCCUGGAACUCAAGUUAGAACAAGAGAAAAAGUUAUUGGCACUCAAGGAGAUUCUAGAGAGAAAAAGCGAAUUGCCAGGUACGAAAGUACAAAUGAAGCCUAUUUUUGACAAGAGUUCGAAUCUGUUGAGAAAACUUCAAGUGAACGUGAAAUGGGGUGGCGAGUUUACACACGCUGGUCUUCAUCAAUCUCGAGAUCUUGGUGAUAACUUGAGAAAAGACACAAGAAUUCUUAAUAAACAUAUUGCUGAUGACAUCAAGAUUUGGAGUAGUUCUGAAAGAAGAGUACGUGCUACAGCUGAUGUAUUUACACGCUAUUUCCUUGGUCGUCCUGAUUCGAUUGAGGGUGUUAUUUCUGAAAGCAAAUAUUUACUUGAUGACAGUAAUGCAGCUAAAGAACAAAUGGAUGCUGUCAAAAAGCAACUCAAACUUCUCCUUCGACCUGGCUAUGAUGCACCCACUAUCCUGCUUGCUCAAGCAGGAUGGCCAGCUAAUAUGGCCCAACCUCAUGCUGUUCUGCAGGAAGUAUCAGCCAUCAUGGGUCGUUUGCGUACAGUCAUGCGUCGAAAUUGGGCUACAAAAGACGUGGAUCAAAUCCAGCGUCGAUGGUGUUGUUUUGAAUCACCUAAUUUGUUUAAAGAGCGUUGGGAAAAGCUGUUUGAUCAUUUCUGUAUUGCAAACACUGUGAUUAACGAAAGCAGUGAUUCUGACGCUACAAAGUCUCCAAACUGUCCAGAUCCUUCAGGUAUUCCUGUGUUGUAUGAUUCUUUAAAGUAUGAUGCUCUACACAACAGACAGUUCUUGGAGGCUAUUUUCAAUGAAUCAGACAACAAUACAGCUAUAGAAGACCAUACAAGCAAUACUAGUAGCAGUAAUAUAUCUGAAAAUGCAAGUUACCAUUCCAAUGAGACUUUGGAUACAUCAAGUGCUGAUCUCCGCAAACUGUAUGCCUAUGUCCGUGUCCUGUUUAAUUUUGUAGCUCCUCAAGAAUACGGUAUUAGCGAAAAAGAAAAGAAGACAAUUGGUAUGUUGAUAGGCUUGCCCUUACUCAAAAGCAUCUUGAGCGAUCUAGAAGACUUCAAGACCUCUGAAAAACCCAAGACAAGACUUUAUUUUACAAAAGAAUCCCAUGUUCAUGCUCUUUUGAAUCUCGUCUAUCUUUCUGGUAUACCCACCAAAGUACCCCGAAAUACAUUACCUGAGCUUGAUUUCCUUACACAAAUCACAUUUGAACUCUAUGAACGCAAUCGACAUAAUGGAUCAGAUAAAGAGUAUUCGCUUCGUAUUGCAUUCAGUCCUGGUGCUCAUUAUGAUUCUGUCUUGGAUUUACAUAUGGAUGCAGAACAUUGCUUAAAAGUGGCACCUAGAAAAAAUCUGAUUCCUCACUUGUCAUUGAAUGAAGUUGUCGAAUACUGCAAAUCAGCCUAUCUUAACAUCCCUGAACUAGCUGCUAUAGAACAACAGAUUGAUGAAAAGAAACUGUUUUAUGCACAAGAAGAUAACCAAUAA